UGCUGCUCUCCAACCACAGGACAGUCACCAAGCGUCUGUUGGCAGUAAGCCAGGGAGGGACUCGCCACUGCCGGCCCAGCCAGUGUGCAGGGCCAGAACCAGCCGCCCAGCUCGGGCAGGAGCGGCCCUCUUCGGUGUCUUCAGGCACACUGCGGGGAGGAGCAGACCAUGGCUGGGACUGGGACGGGAUGCGCCGGCAGCUGCCCACCCUCCUCCGUCAGCAGGUGUCUGUGUGCCUCCUGCCCUCUGCCACAGCAGGGCUGCCGGGAAGAGAACGACCAAGCUCAGCCCACGCUCAACCCCAGCAGAACCUGGAGGUGUUCGUGCUCUGCCAUGGCCUGCUGCAGCUCUGCCAGCUCCUGUACAGCGCCUACUUCAAGAGCAGCCUCACCACCAUCGAGAAGCGCUUCGGGCUCUCCAGCUCCUCCUCGGGGCUCAUUUCCAGCUUGAAUGAGAUCAGCAAUGCCAUCCUCAUCAUCUUCGUCAGCUACUUCGGCAGCCGGGUGCACCGUCCGCGGCUCAUCGGCAUCGGGGGUCUCCUCCUGGCUGCGGGCGCCUUCGUCCUCACACUCCCGCACUUCCUCUCCGAGCCCUACCGGUACAGCGUGGCCAGCGCCGGAGGCCAGCAGCGUGUGGGGCCUGAUGGUGGUUGCCCAGCUGCUGGCUGGCAUCGGGACCGUGCCCAUCCAGCCGUUCGGGAUCUCCUACGUGGACGACUUCUCAGAGCCCACCAAUUCACCUCUGUACAUCGCCAUCUUGUUUGCCAUCUCUGUGUUCGGGCCGGCUUUCGGGUACCUGCUGGGCUCUGUCAUGCUGCAGGUCUUCGUGGACUACGGCAGGGUCGACACAGCGACGGUGAAUCUGAGCCCAGGUGACCCUCGAUGGAUCGGAGCCUGGUGGCUAGGCCUGCUGAUUUCUUCAGCCUCCUUGGUUCUCACCUCCCUCCCCUUUUUCUUCUUUCCUCGAACCAUGCCCAGCGGAGUAGAGAGGUCUCCUGCCACAGCGGACGAGGCAAGGAAGAUGGGAAAUGCCAACUCAAGAGGCUCCCUGGUGGAUUUCAUUAAACGGUUUCCCCGCAUCUUCCUGCGGCUCCUGAUGAACCCGCUCUUCAUGCUGGUGGUCCUGGCCCAGUGCACCUUCUCCUCCGUCAUCGCCGGCCUCUCCACCUUCCUCAACAAGUUCCUGGAGAAGCAGUACGGCACCUCCGCCGCCUAUGCCAACUUCCUCAUCGGUGCCGUAAACCUCCCUGCUGCGGCCUUGGGGAUGCUGUUUGGAGGAAUCCUCAUGAAGCGUUUUGUCUUCUCUCUGCAAACCAUCCCCCGCGUGGCUGCCACCAUCAUGACCAUCUCUAUGAUCCUCUGUGCCCCCCUCUUCUUCAUGGGCUGUUCCACCCCAACCGUGGCUGAGGUCUACCCUCCCAGCACGUCGAGUUCUGUACGUCCUCAGCCUCCCGCCUGCCGCAGGGACUGCUCGUGCCCAGAGCCCAUCUUCCACCCGGUCUGCGGAGACAACGGCGUGGAGUACCUCUCCCCCUGCCACGCUGGCUGUCACGAAGUCAACUUGAGCUCUACAGCUCCUAAGGCAAUG